AUGUCAUUAGAAACUAGUUCUCCAUACGCAUUUUAUGCUUUCUACCAGUUAUACAGCCAAUUUUAUCGCGUGCCUAAGAUAACACUAGAAACCGUGAACGAUUUUUUGUAUCAGGGGAAAGGUUUAAAACCUGAGUUUGCACGGAGUCCCCUAUUUGUCACAUGGAAGAAGUUGAAGAAAGGUGAAUACCAACUUAGAGGGUGUAUUGGUACGUUUUCCGAAGGUAAGAUUGAAGAGGGUUUGAAAAGGUACGCUUUGAUAUCUGCAUUGCAGGAUUCGAGAUUUACACCAAUCGAGCGGGAAGAAUUGAGCCAGCUAAGAUGUGGAUGCAAUUUACUCAGUCAGUUCAAGACUAUUUAUAGCAGUGAGGGCACAGGCAAUAGUGGUGAUAUUUGGAAUUGGGAGAUUGGGAAACAUGGUAUUGAGAUUAAAUUCAGGCAUCCCAAGACCAAUUCUCGGAUGAGUGCUACUUUUUUGCCAGAGGUAAUCCCAGAACAAGGUUGGGACCAACGAGAGACGUUUGAGAAUUUGAUCGAGAAAGCGGGAUGUUGGAAUUAUCUAGAGGAAGUUAUGAAACAUUGGGAGAAGUAUUUCGAUGAGGUGAUCCGAUACGAGGGAACAAAAUCCGAAAUAGCAUGGGAUGAGUUCGAGACAGGGUUGUCAACUGUCGCUGAGGCCGAAUAG